AUGUCGUUCAGGCGGCACUUCUCUCGCGUCGGCUCCGCCGAGCGCUGCACAGAGACCACCAACGACAGGAAGCGUGGGCAGCAGCAGCGCGGCAAGGGCCGCGGUGCCAGGGGCCGUGCCGAUGCUGGACCCCGUCUCGUUGACAAGAACGCGCUGUCCGCGCGCGGCAGCAGGCCCUCGCGCCAGUCGCGCUCGCCGUCGCCCGACUCUCCGCCCGCCAAGCGGGCCGCCUCCGCUGACUCGUCCGGCUAUGAAACCGAUACGCCGGACGAGGUGCAGCAGGAGGCGGUCCGCAGGGUAUGCGGCGCGCUCGGCAUGAGGGAGCAGUUCGAGGCGGCGAUGGUGGCGGGCGAGCUGCUCGAGAUGCUCGAGAGCUUGCCGCGAGGGGCGGUCGAGGCCUCCGUCCGACAGAUGCGGGGUUACAACCGCACGGACGAGUGGCCAGAGCCCAUUCUCACCAGCCUUACCCCGCAGCGCGGCCGCUCGCCAAGCCCCGUCGAUGAGUGGUCAGAUGGGACCGAUUCCGUGAGGGCUGGGUAUCGAUUAGGCCGCUUGAGGGCCGGAUCUAUUGCUGUUUACCUGCUCUAA